CGGCGGCUUUUGCGCUGAGCUGUGCGCGCUGUGCUCUGCCCGCAGUGUCGCGUCCCGCUGCAGCGGCUGAUGGUCGUGGCCCGGCUGCGCGAGGAGGUGGCGGAAGAGGAUGUGGCAGGUUAUCACAAAGAAUUGUUUGAAGAUGCAUCAGAAUACCACACAAGAGAACGAGUUUCAGGGCUGCUGCUUCUCAGUUCCAGACAUGUUCUUCAUGUAGUGGAAUCUUGCAGUAGCACAAUACAUUUUCUCAUCCGAGCUCUCGCUGCUGUCCAAAAUCAGGGUCCUAGUGCUCUUCUCCAGGAAAUCAAAGUCCUGGUGGUGGCACACAACAUCCCGAGCAGGCUGUUCCCGAGGUGGGAUGUGGUAGUGGUGACGUCUCCUGUGACACAUCCAGAGGACUCAACGCAAUCACAGUCUAUAGAAGAGGUGGUCGCAGAGUGUCUUACACUCCUGAUCAGUGUGGCAGACUCUGUGCUAAAAUCUGCUGAGGAUGACAGCAAGGCCAGCAGUGACAGUCUGUGCACCCUCGCCCCUGAGCUGCUCAUCCCUGCAGAGACUAUUGGCUACUUGUGCAAAGCUGAAGAAUGUGCAAGCCCUGUAGAUUUUCAGAGAAUGUAUUUGAGUCCUAUUCAGCCUGCCCUGGAUUCAGAAGCUGUAUGGCCCAUUCCCUUGCACUUAUCUGCCUGAUGCAGUGUGUUCCCAGCAUUUCUUCUUGCAGCAGGACUCUCAUGUUUCACACAAAUUCAAACACAAGGAUGCAUGGUUUCCAUUGCAGUCCAUGAGGCAGGAGGAGCUGAGCAGCAGCAGCCCCGCGGCUGCAGAGCCCAGGGAUAACUGCACAGCUGUGGGUGUGAAACUGCCAUCUCAUGUGCUGCAGAAGUGGCCAUGCACAUUAGUGAUGCACUUGAAUAAAUAUACCUUAAGUUGA